GUCGAGUGUCGAGAAGAAACGACUCGGGCUUCAAAGGUUCAAAGCUUGAGUAGCAGCAGACGUAACAUCACUGUCGUCCACUUCGCGGGAGUUGUCGCUACAGCAGUGGUCGUCUUUUUAAAGCUUGUAGCCAGCAAACGGCAGUCUUAGCAGAGCAACCAUGUCUGACAGAAAGGCAGUGAUCAAGAAUGCCGACAUGUCUGAGGACAUGCAGCAGGACGCCGUGGAGUGUGCCACACAGGCCCUGGAGAAGUACAACAUCGAGAAAGACAUCGCUGCAUACAUCAAAAAGGAGUUUGACAAAAAAUAUAACCCCACCUGGCACUGCAUCGUUGGAAGGAACUUUGGCAGCUAUGUGACCCAUGAGACCAAGCAUUUCAUCUACUUCUACUUGGGCCAGGUGGCCAUUCUGCUGUUCAAGUCGGGCUGAUGGAGUGUUUUCUCGUCACCAGUUGACCACAUUUACAGUACUGACUGACUCAAAGGCACUAAUCAUUCCUGGGCAAAAGGCGCUGCCUUUUCUGUGCUGCUUUCUACUUUGUUUUUGAAGAAAAACCAGUGGCCAUGUAAAAGAUAUUUAAACACUUUUACGGUCAGGUCAUCAACAUUUGGACAUUGACAAAGACACGGCAGUGGUCUACCACAGAAAACAAAUGAAUAUAAGUUCAGACCGCAGACAGCUUUAAAGAGCAUCAAAUUCAAAUGCAUGAUUUAGUUCUCAAGUAUUUGAUGUGACAGCUGACAUAAACAGUUAAUCCUUAAGUGAUUAUCUGCUUACAUUCAGGCAAAUGCUUAAAAAUAGUUUAAUAAGGUACAUAGUUAAAACAAAAAAAAGAAUUUUAUGCUGUGACCAGGUUAAUUACUUGCAAUGAAUCAAAUUGAUCAGCAUUUUACAUUAAGGAUCCCCCCGUGGGAGUCCCCCCUCUAGUUUACACCAAUUCGGAAAUAGUCCCAUAUGCUGUGGUAGAAAGCAAAAUAUUAACUGUCAGUGUGCAAAUAUUUAUGGACCUGACUAUUUUUGUCUUGUUACAUUAGAUGUCAUUUUUUUAAUUAAAGCGUAGCUAUUAAGCUUUCUGGG